AUGGCCGAGCCACGCAACCCUGGAUUGUCCUCUGGCCCUCUGAUGAACCCGGGACAGACUGAGUCCAGCUCUCCAGCUGUUGAGAUGGACCCUGUGGAGUACACCCUGAGGAAGCGUCUGCCCCGAAAACUCCCAAAGCGGCGGAACGAUGUCUAUGUCAACAUGAAAACUGACUUCAGGGCCCAGCUGGCGCGCUGCCAGAAGCUUCUGGAAGGUGGAGGCCACAGGGAGAUCUGCGUCCACGGCUUGGGUCUCGCCAUCAACAGGGCCAUCAACAUUGCCCUCCAGCUGCAGGCCAGCAGCCAGGGGGCGCUGCAGCUGGCAGCCAACACCUCCACCGUGGAACUGGUGGACGACUUGGAGCCUGAUGAUCCCGAUGAGGCCGGGGAGCCCAUGACGCGUACACGCAACAACUCAGCCAUUCACAUCAAGGUUUUCUACCCCGACCCUCAGUGA